AUGAAGCCUAAGUCGUUCGAUUCUGUUCUGAUCACUGGUGGCUGUGGCUUUUAUGGCAGCCACAUCAUACGCAGCCUCCUCGAAUAUGAGCCAACAUGCACCAUUUAUGUGCUUGAUAUCAACAUCACAAAACAAGAAUUUCCCACUGUCUCUUACUACCACUGUGAUGUUUCCAGGAGGGCCCGCGUCCAAGAAAUAUUUGAGCAGCUCCAACCACGGCCCCGCGUCGUCUUCCACCUAGUAUGUCCUACAAGCAUCAUCCGUAACGAUGAGCGUUGUCGAAGGGUGAAUAUAGAUGGCACUCGCCACAUUCUGGAGCUCUCUCAACGAGCAGGCGUCAAAGUCUUUGUUUAUACAUCAUCGUCGGCCGUUGUUCACGACAACGUGUCUGAUCUUAUUGAGGCUGAUGAGACAAUGCCGAUCCUCAAACCACCGCACCAAAAAAACGUAUAUACCUACUCAACAGCAAUUGCAGAGGAGGAAGUUCUCGCCGCAAACCGCACAGGCGGAAUGUUGACUGUUGCCCUUCGACCCUGCUCAACCUUUGGACCCGAUAACCCCGAAUACAUGGGCCGCCUGGUGGAAUUGUGCAAGAAUAAUAAGGCACGUUUUCAGAUGGGAAAAAAUAACCUAUGGGACUUUGUAUAUGUCGUGAAUGUCGCACAUGCGUGCCUACUCGCCGCCGAACGCCUUCUGCUUGCCUCAGGAAACGCACCUUUGCCCGAUGGCCAGCGCGUCGAGGGGGAGAUUUUCAACAUCACUGAUGGUGAACGCAUGAAUUUUUGGGACUUCACCUUAGCUGUUUCUGCUGCUAUGGGCAAGCCUGUUCAGCAGAAGGAUAUUCGAAAAAUCACUCAAAUAGUCGCUCUUAUCUUCUUCUCUGAGUGGGGUGUUUCGUUAUUCUCUCUUGGCCGUAAACAAUCCAACAUGGCUCGAGACGGGGUGAUAUCUGCAUAUAUACAGCGCACGCUCAAUAUCAACAAGGCGAAGAAUGUCCUGGGGUAUUACCCGAUUGUAUCAUUGCGGGAUGGAAUCCAGGAAAGUGUGGAUUGGUAUAUGAAUCAUAAUAAGGAAAAGUGGUGA